AUAUGAAACAAAGAAUAAUGCGAGAUUGAAGUAACCACGCUAUCCAUGAAAAAGCUGCGCAGGAUUAGACCAUUUUGCUGAAGUUGUCUUCAAGAGCCUCGAGUUGUCAAAUGUAGAAAUGAGUGAAAGUGAAUCACCGUUAGAAGAAACUCCAAAAAGAGCGAAGAAGAAAGUGUAUCUUCAACGAGCCCAUGUGGAUAGGUACACUACUCAGAAGAAAACUGAAGAACAGCGCCAGGAUUCUACCGGGAUCGAAAGCGAUAAGCCCGCAGAGUUUAAAGGUGAUGAACAGGAAACGAACGAAGAGUUAAUUUUUUCCAAGGAAAUUUCUCUGCGCAACUUUGAUGACAAAACUGAGUUAGGCCAACAACAGCAAUGGAAAAACAACAGAAACGGUAAACAAAGCAUCAAAAAUUCUGACGUCGGUUUUGAAUCGAGUAGCGGUGGAUGCGAUGAAUAUGCUGGAAAAACAAACGCUAUAGUAGAAAAAACCAAUGCCAAUUCUGCUUCUGAGCUAUCUGUACAUAGUUUUGAUUCAACUGUUUCUAUAACAAACGAGGAAUUUACAAGCGAGGAAUUAACUCAGACGCAGGAUUUUCAGCAUCCGCUUGGAAACAAUUAUUCCAAGGAGAAGACAAAAAAUGGUUGGAAGGAAGAUUUGUUUACGCUGGAAGAAGACGACGAUGGUUCUCAAAGGCAUACUGAGCAACUUGAAGCUCUUCUACGCGCCAAAUCUUUCGAAGAGGAAAACGACGACAGUGAAGAUGAAGAUGAGAAUGACGAUAAUUCAAAGUCGGACGACGAAUUAAACGAAACACUUCAAGAAGAAGCCGCUAAAUCAAGUAAUCGUAGCUUCCGUCGUGCCUCCGAGGAGUCUGAGUCAUAUCUUGAUCUAGCAAGCUCACCCCCUUUUGACCCCGGGGAGGAUUGGGAGGGGGAAGAGAGAGAGGUGCAAUUUUGUGAGAGUGAAACUGUCACCCCGACUGAAGUGGAAUCAGGGGGCGAAGACAUGAUGGCCUCACGAAGUAGCCGCUCGCCUACUCGCUCGUCGACGAAAAAGAAUACACCCGAAAGUAGCAGUGCGCAAAUUAAAAGGUCGCGAACUGUUUUGUACUUUGAUUCCGAUGACGAUGAAGAAGGGAAGAGUCACAUCAAAGAAAGUGUGGUCCUAGAAGAAGACGACGAAGAACUCGAGACCGAAUUGGACGCAGUUGAGAGGGUGACGUCACCGGUUCUCCCGAAUGAAGUUGACCGAGAGUUGCCGCCUAGGCCACCGACAGUUGGAAAAAGUAGGACCGGAAGCGCAUUCUAUACGCAAACAAAAAUAGCUGACCUGUCUAUUCAGAAGGGAGAACAUGAUGAGGUAUCGGACGAUGCAGAAAUUUCGGCUUACGUCGUCCUGCAAGGAGAAGACGAGGAUACAGUUACAGUUAGCGACGGAAUUCAAAUCAGCAAGGAACUCUUAAACCAGAAUAGACCCUCUUCGGUCAUCGCUACUGGAGCUCAUCGACUGUCGUUGGAAUCGAGGAAGAAGUUCGCAGAGUAUGUAGACACUCAUGCAAGCGAGAGAAGCGACACAUCUAUUGCUGGUUUUGCUUCAUCUUCUGACGAGUUUGACAGACUGAUUCCCAAUCGAAAAGUGUCCUUACUUUGCUGUUCAUGGAAUAUGGCGGAAGGACGAUUUCUACCUGAAAACAUGAAAGAUCUCUUGUUUCCGUCCGAUGAUCCUCAGUAUGAAAUGGAAGGAAGUGAUAAUCGGAAGUUUUACCCAGACAUUUUUGUUGUCUCGACCCAAGAAAGUACCCCGGACAAAAACCAGUGGGCAAUAAAGUUGCAGGAAACUGUAGGGUUAAAUCACGUGUUGGCCCAUAUGAAUACAGAAGGUGUCCUGUACAUGUGUAUAUUUGUAAGAAGAGAUCUAAUCUGGCACCUGAGUCAGUUUGAGAAUUGCUUCGUCCAGACGAGAGCUGCAAAACAGAUCAAAACCAAAGGUGCUCUGGGGGUUGGCUUCUACCUUUUCGGGACGUCAUUUCUUAUCAUCAACUCCCACCUGACUCCCCACGAGAACAAACUGAACGACAGGAUCCGAGACUACCACACAAUCAUGAAGAGUCUCAACUUCCCCAAAACCACUCUCAACAACGAUACUAGAGGGAACCUUCUCAAACCCUCAGAAUCGCCAACUCUGACCGAGAGGCCCUCCUCCAAUGUCCCAAAAGAAGCAAUAUUUGACAAGUUCGAUUACGUCAUUUGGAUGGGAGACCUCAAUUUCAGACUUAAAUUGCAAUUUGAUCAAAUCAAACGCCUACUGAAACGAAUCACAAAUCGUUCCUUGUUUAGCCCAUCGAACAGUGUAAAUGCAUCUGAACAUCAAAAUGGCCAUAUUGUUGAUGGUGAAUCAACUAUGGAGGAGUCCCUAAAGAUCUUAGUCGACCAUGACCAGCUGAAUAUAAGUCAACGACAAAAUUCUUGCUUUGGGGAACUAGACGAAUCUCCUAUUUCGUUUCUACCGACCUAUAAAUUCGAUCUCUUCUCAGAUGAUUAUGAUUCUUCUGGUAAAAAACGAUGUCCGGCUUUUACAGAUCGAAUUAUGUUUUGUGGUAAAAAGAAAAAUCGACUGAAUUGUUUGCUCUAUGAUUCUUGUAUGUCAAUCAAUACAAGCGACCAUAAACCGAUCAUCGGAGUUUUCGUGGCAUCGAUAGAGAAUAUCGGAGAUGAAUUAAGAGAUAAAAUCUGGCUAGGCUCCGGUUACUUUGAUCACGAUGUGUACAGUAAAGCGAUGAACAGAAACAGAGAAAAGAUGCGAAGAAAUAGUCGACUGUCUCUGCACAGCUCGAACUCUAUCCCUCUUAGUGUGGGCUCCAAUACAGUUUUGUCGAGGAACCAUUCUAUGAGCUCUGCUUCGAGCGCAACAAGCAAUGUUUGUUCAAUACAAUGAGAUAUCGAUGGUAUCAAAAAAGUAUUUGAGCAAUAAAACGUCCAAUUUUGUCGAAGAAUCCAAAUUCCCUAAUGAGUUUUGAUGUAUUGAAGGAAAAAUAUGGGCGUUAUGAAAUUAUAUGCUGUUUUUGGAGAUGUGAGCUCUCGCAAACUUGUUGCAUAGGUGUAUCAAAUGUUUAAUUUGUUUGUGCCUUUUUUGCACAAAAUUUGUCUUGUGUUCUUUUCUAUAUCGUGCGUAGCUUUUUAGUUUAGACGCCAAUCGAGCAAUAUCUAGAUGUAAUACUUCAAUUCGUUGUGACAUAGUUCUGUACAUAACUGUAAAUAAUAUAAUUUAGAAAAUUAAUUUUACUGGAGCAAAGCAUAAGUUUCACGGCCUGUCCUUUGACAGUAAGUUUGCUCGCUGUCUUUUCUGGCUCAAAUUGAACGGAAG